CGGAAAACUGAUUAUUGUAACAUUUUUUUUUUGUAUCAAAUUGUAAUGCUUUAUGAUUCGAUCUACACAACAUAAAACAUGAUAACUAAUUCUGACCAAACACAUAUAUAAUAAUGUAGGUUACCUCUUCACGUUGUUAUAGUUUAAACAAAACAAUAACGUAGAUUGAGUAUCUCUACACGUUGUCAUUCCUGAAGAGUGUCGUUGACUUUUUAGUUUUUUGUUCUUUUCCUCAUAUUUUCCAAUUUUUGAAUCCGAUCAAACAACUUGUGAAAACUUUUCUUUCCAAAUUUGUUUCCAUGGCGCAGCAGAGCCAACGUCCAAUCUCAAACCGUCACAUCUCUCUCCUCAACCGUAACGGUCUCAUCCUCCUUCUCCUUCUAGCUCUCUUUGUUAUCCUCGGUGUAUUCUUACCUUUGACAAAAUCUUCCUUGUUCAUGUUUCCAAACACAACAUCUUCUUCUCUUUCUCCUUCUUCUUCUUUAUCGGUCUCCGACUGGCGCGACUAUUCCCUUGCUCAAGCCGUUAAGUUUGUUGCUAAGAACGAGACUGUGAUCGUCUGUGCUGUUAGCUACCCUUUCUUGCCUUUUCUUAACAACUGGUUGAUUAGCAUUUCUAGACAGAAACAUCAAGAAAAAGUUCUUGUGAUCGCUGAAGACUAUGCUACUUUGUACAAAGUCAACGAAAAGUGGCCUGGUCAUGCUGUUCUCAUUCCUCCGGCGUUGGAUCCUCAAUCCGCACACAAAUUUGGUUCCCAGGGUUUCUUCAAUCUGACAUCUCGGAGGCCACAACAUCUCUUAAACAUUUUGGAGCUAGGUUACAAUGUUAUGUACAAUGAUGUUGAUAUGGUCUGGCUACAAGAUCCAUUUGACUAUUUACAAGGAAGCUACGAUGCAUACUUCAUGGAUGACAUGAUUGCGAUUAAGCCUUUGAAUCACUCCCAUGAUUUACCACCUCUAAGUCGAAGCGGAGUUACUUAUGUAUGUAGCUGCAUGAUUUUCUUGCGUUCCACUGAUGGCGGAAAGCUUCUAAUGAAGACAUGGGUCGAGGAAAUUCAAGCUCAACCUUGGAAUAACACUCAAGCAAAGAAACCACAUGAUCAGCCUGCUUUUAAUCGGGCACUUCACAAAACAGCUAAUCAAGUAAAAGUCUACUUGCUUCCGCAAUCAGCUUUCCCAUCAGGAGGAUUGUACUUCAGGAAUGAGACAUGGGUUAACGAGACAAGGGGGAAACAUGUCAUAGUCCACAAUAACUACAUUAUCGGUUACGACAAGAAGAUGAAACGUUUUCAAGACUUUAGUCUAUGGCUAGUCGAUGAUCAUGCUCUUGAGUCCCCACUCGGAAAACUAGAGUAUAAUUUAAAUGCACCGAAUAACAUUUCCUCUUUUUGUUGCUAUCUUUAGAAUAACAUCGAUAUCAAUUAUUUGCCCUUUCUUUUUGCUUCUCAGGAUAUAUCAAGAGCAGAAUACUACUACUGAAGGGAAAAAUCUGACGAAAAUAGUGAGAAAACAGAGGAAAAACAGGGGUAAAAAACACAAGUUACCCUAGAGAGGACUUCUCCUUACGUACGACAAGUGUAGGAUCUCGAAAUUGUUGCGCGGAGAUUUAUUCAAACUCGAUUACUUAGAUAUAUGUUCAAAGUCUCCCAUUAUAAUAUGAUAUUUAUACAUAAAUACUCAUCAGCACUAUUUCAUUAAUAACUUUUAUGUAAGGUAUGGUCAAUACGAAUAUCCGAAUUAACAUGAGAUUUUCUUAAGAAUAAAAAAUCUCUAUGAUAGGUAUAAUGACUAGG